ACACGACGGCCAAUACAAAAAUCACCGAGCGGAUCAUGUGGUGGCAUUGAGCGUCUUUUAUCAGCGACGGCCGGUUGUCGUUCCUCUGCACAUCAUGGCUGAAUUGGAAGUCAAUCCCCAACUUGGGAUCGAAUUGAAAGAUGGCUUUAAGCCAGUCAAUGCGUGGGUGGGAGGUGGAAUCGCAUGGCUGGAUGACAUGCAACAAUUCUACCGGGAACGAAGUGCGAUCGAGAAGGAAUAUAGCCAGAAGUUGAGUGCGUUGGCGAAGAAGUACUUUGAGAAGAAGGCCAAGAAGACCAGCGGCCUCAGUGUUGGCGACACUCCUACAGUUACACCCGGUUCCCUCGAGAGCGCUUCGAUGACUACAUGGACUGUUCAACUGACGACGUUGGAGAAUCGAGCCGCCGAACACGAUCGAUUUUCGAACCAACUGGUAUCCUCCCUGGCCGAACCUCUGAAACACCUGGGCUUGAAAUAUGAGGACCUGCGGAAACAGCACGCCGAGUACGCGAGCAAGUUGGAAAAGGAAAGAGAUGCGAAUUAUGCGGACUUGAGAAAGGCAAAGAGCAAAUACGACAGUGUCUGUCAAGAAGUGGAGAACCGAAGAAAGAAGACGGAGAGCAGUUUCGACCAUGGCAAGGCAAAGGCACAAACUGCGUUUCAGCAACAGCAGGGCGAGAUGCGGAAUGCAAAGAACUUGUACCUGAUCGCGAUCAAUGUGACCAAUAAGCAGAAGGAACGAUACUAUCACGAGUACGUUCCAGAGCUGAUCGAUUCCCUACAAGCUCUGGCGGAGACCAAGACUGCAGCUCUGAACAAUCUGUGGUCGACAGCAGCUUCGCUGGAAACACAAGUUCUCACUCGAUCGACGCAGCUGCUGGAACAUUUAUCGACGGAAAUUCCACGCAACAACCCUGUUUUGGACAGUAUGAUGUUCGUUCGACACAAUGCGUCUCCGUGGCAGGAUCCACCAGACUUUGCAUUCGAGCCAUCACCAGUUUGGCUCGACGACGAUGUGAUGGCCUCGGACCCUAUGAGCAAGACCUUCCUUAUGAACAUAUUGGUCAAGUCAAGAGCACAAAUGGGCGACUUCAAGCGCGAAAGCGACAUGAAGCGGCGGGAGGUUGACGGCGCAAAACGGGUACGACAAGCGAUCCGAGAGGGCAAGGAUAAGCGGGAUGAGGUCGAAGUGGUGCGGUCUCAAUUCGUGCACCAAAGCGCGCUACACGAAGCGGAGAGAAAGAGGAUUUCAGCAGAGGUAGAGGUCAGCACGAUUUUGGCAGGAGUGGGCGAUGUAUCCGUGGGAGCUCGCAAUCACACGUUCAAGAACCAAACCUACAAGAUCCCCACAAGUUGCGACUUGUGCGGCGAUCGACUCUGGGGUCUGAAUGCAAAGGGCAUGAACUGCGAAGAAUGUGGUUUCACCUGCCAUACGAAAUGCGAGCUCAAAGUCCCAGCAGACUGUCCAGGAGAACUCACCAAAGAGCAGAAGAAGGCCGUCAAAGCUCAACGACAAGCCGCAGCACAAGCCCAGGCGUCCGCGCCAGCCGCUGCUCAAAACGGCCACUCCCACGGCAGCGCUGCACCAGGCCUACAACGGAGUGACACCAUGGGCUCAAUGAACACCCUCAGCUCCGGCUACGCCGCGAGCGCCAAGCGCAGCGUCUCCGGCAUGACUAUCGACGAAAGCGGCCCACCUCCCGCCGCAGCAGGACCUCCUCCCAUCAAUCGUCCGCGCGUCAUGGCACCGCCACCAUCCCAAUAUCUCACUAGCAAUGGCGGCGCGGCGGAAGAACAACACGGCAAAAUGCUAUACACCUACCAGGCCAACGGCGAAGGCGAAAUUUCCAUCACCGAAGGCCAGUCUUUCAUCCUCGUCGAACCAGACGACGGAUCAGGAUGGAUCAAAGUCCGACCUACUUCCUUCGGCGCCGUGCCGGGUCUCGUACCGAGCAGCUACGCUGAACUCGCCCCGCCUGCACCACCUUCCAAGCCUCCACUCGGCGACGAUCGUCCGACGUCCGCAGCCGCCUCCGCGUCAAA